UGUGUCCAUGUAAUGCUUGUAAGUCAUGAAUAAGAUUUAAAUCUGAAGGCCGCAGCCUUUGAUUAAUAACUACUGAGUGAGCCAUCAAAAAGUUUCAAAUGUUUUUUCUUUAGUGAAAAAAAAGAGCUAUUUUAAAAAAUGUUUAAUCAGAGUGUGAUGACAUGCUACUUGUCAAUAACUCUGGUAUUUAUGAAAUGAAAUAAAAGGAUCCAAUCAAAUAUGUACUUUCUGUAAAUGGCACUCGUCAUAAUCUGCAUAUUCUGUGAUGUUAUCUUUUGUUUUCCAGCUUGAAAAAAUGACGACACGUGGGAUGCUGUCUAAAACAUUGGAACAUUUGAGUUCUGGGGAGCUUGAAGAUUUCUGCCUACAUGUUGAAUUGGAGAAAGGUGUUCCCCUCCUCUCAGAACUCCAUCUAAAAUCAAUAUGCCCAGAGAAAAUAGAGGAGCUGAUGGUGAAGAGAUACAGCGAGGAGGAGUGUGUGAAGUUGACCAGAAAUAUCUUAAAGAAGAUGAACAGGACUGAUCUCGUGAAGAGAUUGCUUGACGACAGACGGGAGCCCGAAGAAGAACACUCUAUGGAUGAAGAGCCGCUUUCACUGACCCAGAGGGUGGAAAAGAUGACAUCUGUUAUAGAACUGCUUGUGGAAAUUAUGGCUUGCCUAACAGAAAACCAGUAUGAGGAAUUCAAGCAGUUGAUCAGAUAUGAAGGCUACGAAACAUACAAAUCAUACAUCCCUCGUUUGCUGUGGCAGACAAACCAUCAGGACACUGUGUGUGUUACAGUUUUGACUUUUGGUCAAAACUCUGUUGUGAAGACGAUGAAGAUUUUAAAGAAGAUGAACAGAACUGAUCUGGUGCAGAAGUUGUUGGAGACCAGCUCAAGUUUCAAAAAGAAACGCUCAGAUGAACCACGCUCUGUCCUGUUGGAGAAAGCAGCAACAAUGGCAGCUGUUAAAGAGUUGCUUUUGGAAAUCCUGCAUUCUUUAAAUGAUGGGGAGUUCAGGAAAUUCAAGAAGUUUCUGCUGUCGGCCUUUCAAAAGGACUCCAAAAACAUCCCACUUUUAUUGAGAUACUCAAACGACCGUACAGCAAUAUUGGAUGUGAUGGUGCAGACCUACGGGCGACAGUCUGUGGAUGAGACCAGAGAGAUUUUAAAGAAGUUGCACAGGGAUGAUCUCAUGCAGAUGUUUUCAGAGACUAGCUCAGAACCCAAAGUGGAUGAGCAUCAACCUCCAGUCUUUGAAAAAACGGUAAAGGAAGAUGUGGAACAUGUUCUUUCAGAAACAUUGAGUGGUUUGAAACUUGAGGAGUUUGAGAAAUUUAAGUGGGUGCUGCAGCUCACAUACUUCCAGAGGAGUUUUACACGAAUCCAGUGGCACGACAUGGAGUGGGCAACAACUCCAGAUGAACUGGUGUAUCUGAUGGUGAUGAACCAGCAGCCUGUGGAGGUGACCAAAGAGGUUUUAUUGGACAUGAACAGGACUGAUCUAGUUGAGAGGCUGAUGGGGACAGACUCAGGACUUCAAGAACACUCUAUGGAUGAAGAGCUGCUUUCACUGACCCAGAGGGUGGAAAAGAUGACAUCUGUUAUAGAACUGCUUGUGGAAAUUAUGGCUUGCCUAACAGAAAACCAGUAUGAGGAAUUCAAGCAGUUGAUCAGAAAUGACGGCUACAAAACAUGUAUAUCAUACAACCCUCGUUUGCUGGGGCAGACAAACCAUCAGGACACUGUGUGUGUUACAGUUUUGACUUUUGGUCAAAACUCUGUUGUGAAGACGAUGAAGAUUUUAAAGAAGAUGAACAGAACUGAUCUGGUGCAGAAGUUGUUGGAGACCAGCUCAAGUUUCAAAAAGAAACGCUCAGAUGAACCACGCUCUGUCCUGUUGGAGAAAGCAGCAACAAUGGCAGCUGUUAAAGAGUUGCUUUUGGAAAUCCUGCAUUCUUUAAAUGAUGGGGAGCUCAGGAAAUUCAAGAAGUUUCUGCUGUCGGCCUUUCAAAAGGACUCCAAAAACAUCCCACUUUUAUUGAGACACUCAAACGAGCGUACAGCAAUAUUGGAUGUGAUGGUGCAGACCUACGGGCGACAGUCUGUGGAUGAGACCAGAGAGAUUUUAAAGAAGUUGCACAGAGUUGAUCUCAUGCAGAUGUUUUCAGAGACUAGCUCAGAACCCAAAGUGGAUGAGCAUCAACCUCCAGUCUUUGAAAAAACGGUAAAGGAAGAUGUGGAACAUGUUCUUUCAGAAACAUUGAGUGGUUUGAAACUUGAGGAGUUUGAGAAAUUUAAGUGGGUGCUGCAGCUCACAUACUUCCAGAGGAGUUUUACACGAAUCCAGUGGCACGACAUGGAGUGGGCAACAACUCCAGAUGAACUGGUGUAUCUGAUGGUGAGGAACCAGCAGCCUGUGGAGGUGACCAAAGAGGUUUUAUUGGACAUGAACAGGACUGAUCUAGUUGAGAGGCUGAUGGGGACAGACUCAGGACUUCAAGAACACUCUAUGGAUGAAGAGCUGCUUUCACUGACCCAGAGGGUGGAAAAGAUGACAUCUGUUAUAGAACUGCUUGUGGAAAUUAUGGCUUGCCUAACAGAAAACCAGUAUGAGGAAUUCAAGCAGUUGAUCAGAAAUGAAGGCUACAAAACACAUAAAUCAUACAACCCUCGUUUGCUGUGGCAGACAAACCAUCAGGACACUGUGUGUGUUACAGUUUUGACUUUUGGUCAAAACUCUGUUGUGAAGACGAUGAAGAUUUUAAAGAAGAUGAACAGAACUGAUCUGGUGCAGAAGUUGUUGGAGACCAGCUCAAGUUUCAAAAAGAAACGCUCAGAUGAACCACGCUCUGUCCUGUUGGAGAAAGCAGCAACAAUGGCAGCUGUUAAAGAGUUGCUUUUGGAAAUCCUGCAUUCUUUAAAUAAUGGGGAGCUCAGGAAAUUCAAGAAGUUUCUGCUGUCGGCCUUUCAAAAGGACUCCAAAAACAUCCCACUUUUAUUGAGACACUCAAACGACCGUACAGCAAUAUUGGAUGUGAUGGUGCAGACCUACGGGCGACAGUCUGUGGAUGAGACCAGAGAGAUUUUAAAGAAGUUGCACAGAGUUGAUCUCAUGCAGAUGUUUUCAGAGACUAGCUCAGAACCCAAAGUGGAUGAGCAUCAACCUCCAGUCUUUGAAAAAAUGGUAAAGGAAGAUGUGGAACAUGUUCUUUCAGAAACAUUGAGUGGUUUGAAACUUGAGGAGUUUGAGAAAUUUAAGUGGGUGCUGCAGCUCACAUACUUCCAGAGGAGUUUUACACAAAUCCAGUGGCACCACAUGAAGUGGGCAACAACUCCAGAUGAACUGGUGCAUCUGAUGGUGAUGAACCAGCAGCCUGUGGAGGUGACCAAAGAGGUUUUAUUGGACAUGAACAGGACUGAUCUAGUUGAGAGGCUGAUGGGGACAGACUCAGGACUUCAAGAGAAACAUCAGCCUGAACUGCCUCAUCAAAAAUCCACCGUAACAUCACUUCAUUGGACACUUCGGCAAACAUUGAGAGGCUUAAGAUAUAAAGAGCACGAGCUAUUCAAGCAACACCUGCUGCAUAUCGCCCAAGAAAAAGGCCUCCCAGCCCCAGAACAACAAAUGAAGACGGCAGGCAGAGAUGAUAUAGUGAUGCUGAUGGUGGACAUCUAUGGCCAACAGUCUGUUGAGCUGACCAAAGACGUUUUACAGAGAAUGAACAAGACUGAUCUGCUAGAGACGCUCUCAGGGACCAGUUCAGGAUUCAACACUGAGAAGAAACUUCAGCAAAAAGAUCCACAACAUGAAUCAACCAUGACAUCGGUCCAUUCACAGCUUUUAGAAACACUGGAAGAAUUAGGUUCAGGGGACCUGGAGAAAUUCAAACAUGUCUUGCUCCACACUAAAAUGAAAGAAGGGCUCCCAAAAAUCCCAAAGGACCAAGUGGAGACUGCAGACAAAGAUGAGAUAGUGAAGCUGAUGGUGGAGAUCUAUGGCCAACGCUGUGUGGAGGUGACUGAGGAUAUUUUAGAGAGGAUGAACAGGACUGAUCUGGUCGGAAAGUUGUCAGAAAGCAGCUCAGUAUCUAAAGGGCCUUUUGGUUGUGUGGAGCCUGACGACUGUGGACAAGAAAUGCCGGACUCUGGUCACUGGACCAAACUUGAUCCUGAAGUGAACAGUACUGAUGGAGAUGAGUCUCCUACAUACAGCCUACAGAGUGAAGCAGGAAACGGUUUUGAAUGCAAUGUCUCCGGCAUUCGCUGGAUCUGUAAGGAUAAGGUCAGCUUUCAGUACAAGUUUUGCUCUUGGGAGGAACACAUUGAGAGGAUGGAAAGCUUGAAAUACUUGCCUGCAGGUCCUCUAAUGAACAUCAAAGUCAUUGCUGGAAAGUUUGAUGAAGUGUACCUGCCACACUGGAUCUGCAUAGACGGCAACACUGACAUAUUAGGAGAGUUUGCCGUCCUCCACAUCGAUGACUGUGGUGAUGUUGUGGAACAAGUUUCCGAGGUCACGCCUUGCCAUGUCAAGUUAGCUGAACCAGUUUUCUCGCCAAAGGGGGUUCUGAUCAGAGUUGGUGUGCCUGUGAAAACACGCUGCAGCGUGUUGAUAUUUAAGAACAACAAAGCAUUCCUCAAGCUCAAUGUUUAUCUGAUCCCGUGUGAUCCUGGUCUUCGACAGGAAAUUCUCAAGAUUGAAUCAACCAACGGAAACAAAGAAAUUCGAAAACCACCUGAAUAUAAGCACUUGAGAAUGAAGAAUCACUUUAUCCUAUCAACCGAUAUGGAUGGUGCAGUAAUUUGUCCCAAAGAAGUCAAGCUCAAAUAUGAAUUCACUGAUCCACAGUACUUUCAAGUAUGUAUAAGAAAUCCAGACACAGACUUCACCCUCAAGCUUACAAAAAAAAAUGAGAGUACACCAGUGUGGACCCGCACAAUUGACGAAGAUGAUUACCAAAGCAAUUCCCAUGCACCAGAUGAUUACCAAGGCACUUCCCAUGCACCAGAGGUGCACUUUGUGGAUAAACACCAGUGUGACCUGAAAGCAAAUGUGAACAAUAUUGGACCAAUAUUGGAUAAGCUACUGGAAAAAGGUGUAAUCCGUCAAGAAGUUUAUGAUCAAAUAAGAGAUACCCCAACCACUCAGGAGAAGAUGAGGAAGCUCUUUCGUGGUCCCCUAAAAUCUGGAGGACAAAAAGCAAAAGACGUCUUCUACCAAAUCCUUGAGAAGGAGGAGUCAUAUCUUGUGGAUGAUCUCAAGAGGAAGGAGUCUGGAGCGGGAGCAAUUUGGAAUUAAGUGUCUUGUCCAAGUACUCAUCGGACUUGUUGCUCAGGAGCUGCGGAUCGAACCGGUUGAGAGACCGCCAAUGAACCACAUUAGGGAAAAGAACAAUGUGUUUUUUUGCCAGUGACCAAAAGACUGCAUAUCACGUUUCAACACAAGGCUUUCAGAUUUAAUUAAGGACAUACAAUGAAAGAUGGCUGAGUUAUCUUUCAGAAAACUGAAGCUAUAAUCAGCUGUCUCUCCGCAAACACAGCAAGACUCCUUCAUACUAAAAAAAAAGUAUAUUCAAAUGUAGUGUUGUAGUCAUGACCGCUCUAACCGAGACCAAGAAAUACCCGAGACGAGAAUACUCCGAGACCGAGAAGAACAAGACAUUUAAGGAUCGAGACUGAGUCCAUAACCAAGACCAAGGCAGGUCGAGACCGAGACAAGAACUCGACCAUAAAUAUCAAUGAAAAAUCAUUAUCUUGUGUGCAGGGGGACAUGCCACUAAUUUAGACCGUUACACCGGGAAGGUCUGGAGUCCGCCUUGUCUGAUACUGAGACAAGACCGAGCCAAAAUGCUUGCGAUUCCUACACAAGAUCAAGACCUCUACCGUUCAAGUAAUACAACACUGUAUAUCCACAUUUUAACCUUCCACGAUUCUGCAUAUAGAACCUUGUUUUUAACAUUUUUGGAACAAAUAAUUAUUUUUUUAAUGAAGUCUAUUUUCUUGCAUUUCUCAUGUGCCAACAUGAAAGUUAGAAUCUGUAGAGGAGAAGAUGGUACUCUUCUGCAAAAUGCUGUAGAAAAAUGUUUCUGUGAUACCUAUUGUAGGACCGAACGUCCAGUCAACCUGUACAAACAAUUAUUUUCAUACACAAAGAUAUGUGACAUAUUGUUUGAAUAGUUUGACUCCCUGGGCAUUUAUCAAAAAAAAAACAACCUUGGGACACCUAAUAUAGUCUAAUCUGAACUGUUGCCCUACAUCAUAUAGGCUACUUACUUUUCAAUUGAUGGUAAUCUGAUUGUAAUGUGUGCUGCUCAUUUAUUUGUUUCAUUUUUACGAGAAGAGGAAAUUAUGCAAAAUAAGCUCUUCUCAAACGUGUGUGUGCACAAUUUGUAUUUUAUUUUGUUUUAUUACUUUUAUUUUACCCAUUAAGUAUUAAAUUGAUCACAAGACAUUUGAAAAUAAACUGCUCACAAAAACCAA